AUGGCUCCUUACUAUCUGACAUGGACGCAGAUGCGGCAACCAAUGGGCCUAUUCUCUAAUGCCUCAUCAUUCUCGCCUCCAUUCAAACCGGAGAUGGAAGCCAUGAGUUCAAGAGCAGAUACCAGAUGGCCAUGGAUGGAGUCCCGACAGCAGGCAGCAGGGGGUGUAGCUCCCUCGCCUCAGCAGUGCAUGCAGUCUCGAAACAUACAAACCUACAAAGAGUCAAAUAGCACAGUGCGAUCUAUCGAAGCCCAAUGCGACGUCUCCUAUAACUCCGCCCAAACCAUCAAACAAUGGCUGGAGAACCAAGAGAAAGAGGCCUUCAGCGAGUUGAGACUACAGUUGCUGAACGUCGGCAAAGCGCUCAGCCUAAUCUACGAGUCAAUGAAAGAUCUGGAGGCGACCUUACAUAAGGUUACGGAGAAGAAUACUGCCAUUGGUCCUAUAACUGGCUACAACUGGACUUCCCACGGCUCAUUGGGGGAUAGCUGGCUGAAGGCAAAAUUCGUAUUCAAUGUGGAUCCUCUCAAGGGGCAUCUGGCAGAGUUGCGUGAGCACGGCGGUUUGCUACAAUUUACCCUGACCACGCUUCCAGUGUACGCAAGCGAUGUCUCCAGAGAUGAGUUGAAAAGCCGACAGGACCCAAGAUGCACGCCGUCGGCUCCUGGAAGAUCAGCCGCGUCGUUCCGGCACGUUGCCGCUCGAGCAUUCGCGAUCCGACAAGCAUAUACCAUACGGCGAAAGCCGCAGGAAGAGCAGGGGAGCCAUUUAGCAAAAGUGACGACGACGAAUGUGCCUGCCGCCUCCCAAGACCAAUCGUCCGCUAUACCGUCCGCCUACGAAGAAUUUCUUGCUAUCCAUGACACAAACAAAAAGACCGAUCUACCACGAAGAAAUGGCACAUUACCUUCUCCCGCGAAUGGACUCAAGAUUGCCCAUGCCCAGAAAGCAGACACGUCUACUAUACAAAAUGCCAGCUCACUGGUCAGUGGGCAGCUACAAGAGACGAGCCAUCCAGUGUCACAAAGCGUUCCGAAUGUGCUCUAUCAUGAAACAUUUGGCGCUACUCCCACUCCUCUACCUCGAGAUGCUUGGGGUGUACCAAAGUUGUCAGCGGAAUCAUUUCGGGAAGAGACAGGCUCUGCGCGAUCGCUGCCAGAAUUGCCUCCACAACAACUGAUGGACGAUGUUUGGCAAUCAAAGGAGCCGACGAACAACGACAGCGAGCUACCACCUCGGCUGUCAAAUGACGUGAUAUAUGCGACUGUAUCGCAAAAUGAGGACGGGAGUCGCAAUCAUACUGAUCAGGAGGCAAUCAGACCUUCCGUCACCGCCGUAGAGACAGCUCCACCUAGCGCAUAUAGUCCAAGCAUUCCAAAUGCCGAGUCUUAUUAA